AUGCGUACCUCGGCCACCUUCGCUCUCCUUGGUUUUGUUGCCACUGCUGUUGCACAGACUACCCACACUGUCAUUGUUGGAGGGCCUGGUCAAUUAACAUACACCCCAUCCUGCCUCUGGCCUGCUGUCGGUGACAUUGUCAACUUCGAAUUCCGCGAGAAAAACCACACCGCAACUCAGUCUUCGUUCGCUGAACCUUGCAAGAAGCUUACUGAUGCCGCAGGUGUUCAGAAUGCGUUCGAUAGCGGAUUCCACCCCGUCGCUGCAGGUACCACUGCAGGAUUUCCUGUAAUGUCUUUCAACGUUACCGACGACAAGCCCAAAUGGUUCUACUGUGCCCAAGGCGCCCACUGCUCGGCUGGAAUGGUCUUUGCUAUCAAUCCUCCCCGUGAAGGCAACACUUUUGAAGCUUUCCUCGCUAACGCCAAGAACUCGGCUGCCCAGCCCCCUGCAGUCUCCGCUCCUCCUACUGCGACUACUUCUGCCGCCGCAACUGUCACUCCUGCUCCUGAUGGCGUUGUUACUGUGACCCAGACUGUGACUCUGGGGGCUUCGACAUGGACAACCACCUACGGAUCUGCUCCCGGUUCGGCUGCCCCAACUCCGAACCCCGAGCCUGUUGUUCAUGUCGUUAUCGUCGGCGAGAACGGCGGUCUUACCUACAGCCCGCCUUCGGUUCAGGCCGCUCCUCGGGAUAUCAUCUCUUUCCAGUUCAAGUCCAAGAACCACACUAUUACCCAGUCGUCGUUUGACAAUCCUUGCCGCAAGACUGAGUUCACUUCUACUAGCGGCCAGAUUGGAUUUGACUCCGGAUUUGUCCCCGUAACCGCUGAUGCAAGCGCCUUCCCUACCUGGAACAUCACCGUCAAUGACACUGCGCCAGUUUGGGCCUACUGCCGUCAAGCUAACCACUGUGGUGCCGGCAUGGUGUUCGCCAUCAAUGCGGUUGAGAGCGGCAACAAGAGUUUCGCGGCCUACCAAGCCCUUGCCAAGCAACUAAACGGCACCGGAUCCGGUACACCUGCAUCUUCAACCAGUGCUCCAUCUGCCUCUGCCACCUCAGGCCCAAGCGUCAGUGGUGCUAGCCACCUCGUUGUCGCCGGUUCCUGGGUUGGUCUUGUCACGUCACUAUUGAUGAUGAUUCUUUGA